AUGGCAACCACGGUCCACGAGACUCCAGAAUGGGAGACUCCAACACCCAAACAAUCGUUCCUCAGCAAAUAUAAUAUCUUUUCCAAGCCGGAAUCAACCCUUCCUACCACGAAAGAGGGAUCUUCGGAUUCAUCGGGAAAUGCUGCUGCGACAGGAACCUUUGGAAAACCUACAUUAACUGAGCGAUUCAAUGAUGUUUUGCCUGCGAAUCGCACAUAUUUUGGACGGAGUCGCAAGGUGCUUUUGUUGAUUGUAGGAGCAAUUGUAUUAUUACUUGCAUUGGUCCUGGGACUGGGUCUUGGACUUGGCUUGAAGCAUUCAUCUUCGAAAGCAUUACCUCUUCCAUCAAAUGGUGGUAUAUUCACAGGAGAUCUUACAUACUAUGCACCUGGUCUCGGCGCUUGUGGAAUUACAUCCUCAUCGUCUGAAUCCAUCUGCGCCGUGUCCCACAUUAUCUUUGAUGCCGCUUCAACAAGUUCGAACCCCAAUGCGAAUCCUCUCUGUGGUAAAAAGAUUAGAAUCACUCGACAGAAAGACUCGGGAGGUGGGAACAGUACUGUUGACGUGACGGUUGUUGAUAGAUGUGUUGGAUGUAAAGCCGAAGAUUUGGACUUGAGCAUAACGGUUUUCGAAAAGUUGGCAUUGGAAGCAGAGGGCAGAGUUACUGGAAGUUGGGCUUGGUUAUAG